UUGCCCCAAUGGAACGCACUUGUCUUGCGACAAGUGAAAUCGAAUGUAUGUUUCGAUCUGUUCACAGAAUGUCCGCAGAGAAGAACGUCGCCUAUCAGAGAAAUUUUCUGCUAUACUUCCACCUUCGACGUGCAGCUACUAGCCGAGUCUAUAUGUCGUUGCACCACUUUGGUGCAUCAAAAUCAUGACGUACGAAAUCUCUCAAUUUCUGGUAUUUCUGAUCUGCGAAAGUCUUUGAAAGAGAUACAUCCAUCUCUUCAAUUUGCAAUUUCUAUACAUGAUCCUGCAAUGACGCUCAGAAAUUCCGCUAUGGUGCGACAGGAAGCUAUCGCACGGAUCAUCGCUGUUAUGAAAGAGGUGGAUGGCGUAGAGAUGAAUGUGACAGCGGGAUCUAAAGAGCGUCUUUAUAACUUUGUCAAGAGCCUAAAAGACGAAAUGAUUCGAAAAUCCUAUGAGAAGAGGAUUUUCAUGGCUUUGCCUAAUAGACCGGAACAUUUAGCAAAGCAGUUCGAUAUCAAAGAGCUCAUAAAAUACAUCGAUUUAUUUACGCUACCAACCGAUUACAUGACGGAUGAAGACGGAGCUUUCGUUACUUUUCAUCCAUCGCGUCUGAUGGGACUUUUCGACGUGCUGAAUACAGAUAGCUUAGUAGACUUGAUAAGUGGAUUAGGAGCACCCAAGCAAAAGAUCUUGAUGACCUUGCCAAUUAGCGCAUACAAAUUUAUUUUGAAGAACGAGGAGGAAAAUGCUCCAAGAUCAGAAACUACGGAGAAGGAGCCCGUACCAAUCGACCGUAAACAGCUCUGCGAAGCUAUAACCAACGGAGAAUGGACCGUGGAACGAGAUGAAGAUCUGACAGCACCGUAUGCAUUUCAAAACAAAACGUGGAUCGCUUUCGAAGAUAAGAUUUCGGUCGGAAUAAAGGGGAAGUACGCGCUGCUACGAGAUUUAGCGGGAUUGGCGGUGCGAAAUAUAGAAAACGACGUGGAGACCGAGUGCGAAACACCUCUCGUACAAGAAAUUUAUCAGUCCUUUACAGAAUUUAGAAGAAAAUCGAGACAAGCUGUGCUUAAUGCACUGGAAGAUGAGCUUCAUCAAAUGCAAUUUUCAUAUCCAAACCAUGCGAAAACGUCUAGCUUCCGUGUUGUUCGUGUAGUAGACACGGAGGGGCACAUUAGAGCUGUACGCGAGAACACACAAACUGAAUUUAUCUGUAGACGGCAGGGCUAUUUCGUUCAUCCAAAAAGUUGCAACAGAUUCUAUCGUUGCGUGAAAUUCAAUCAAGAAAUUGAAGAUUAUUCCGUAUUUGAAUUUGAUUGUCCAGCUGGGCUAUCGUUCGACGAGCGUACCGAAGUUUGCGUUUGGCCAGGCUCGUUGCCUGAGGGUUCGCCGUGUCCUGGCAGCAGCGAAAUUGCUCCUGUCGCCCCAAAGAGAUUCGAAUGUUCUCAACCCGGCUACUACGCGGAUCCACAAAAUUGUCGUUGGUUCUUCGCUUGUAUGGACUUAGGUGGACCGGAAUUAAUGGCAUUUGAAUUUCGCUGCCCGUACGGCUUGGUAUUUGACGAGAAGAAGCUGGUAUGCGAAUGGCCCUGGCUUGUUCCAGCUUGCUCGGAAUCUGGAUCAGCCUAUACCAGAAUGGAAUAUAACUAUGGAGGAUACACCGCGGGAACCUCCAUUGGAGUUGGUGGCUAUGUUACCGGCGGUUUACCAGACUACUCCGUUACAGCGGGAACAGGUUAUUCCAACGUGGACUAUUCUAAAACGAGCGAUACUGAUAUACGUGGAACCGGCUAUUUUGGAACCACUGCAGGAAAUACCAAUAAAUAUCCUGGUAUCUCAACUGCCAGUGUUGGAACAGUCUCAGGACAUACAAGAUUGUCCGGUUCAAGCGGCAUUGAUCAUUCAAAAUCCACUGGAUAUGGAGGAGCAGCAGCAUCUUCUGGUCCGACGAGUGGAACAUAUGAUAUACGCGUUGGCUCGAUACCGCCUAGCACAAUUGGCGGUAGUGGAUACGCCGUAUCUACUGGUCAAAGUGGCAUUGGAUAUACUGGUCACGGUGGCACUGGAUACUUCACGCCUAUCGGUGGAUUUAACACUGGAUUUGGAAAUACAGGAUCAUUGGGAGGAAUUACCACAGGUUUUUCCAAAUCUACAGUGGGAGAAUAUUCCGGUAUCACUAAUGGAAGUCAUUUGACGGAGCAAGGUGUAACUUAUUCGGGAAGACCUGGUUCAAGUUAUUCUAGUUCAAUAGCGGGAGGUUAUACGGGAGGAAGCAUCAGUACGGGUAAUCCCAUUAUAGAUACAGCAAGUUAUUCGAAAACGUCAGGAACAAAUUAUUUCGGAUCCACAGAAUUACCGGGAACACCCAUUGAUGUCCACACAGGCUCUAGCCCCACAUAUGUCGGAUCGACAAAUGUACAUACAGACUCCAACGUAUUUAAUACCGAUGGUUAUUCGAUUUCUACCGAUAUCCAUUCGGGAGCAACCGGAUAUCAACCAUCGUUCGAUAAAACCGGCCCGUCAUUUGGAACUGUAUCUUAUCCUGGUGCUAGUGACAGAGUUGAAAUCGCUGGAUCAACUAACAAAGAAUAUACGGGAUCAGCUACAACAGCAUAUAAUGGAUUAACCGGUGUAGGAUAUUCCACUCACAAACCUGUGAGUGGAAGCGCUGGUCCUACUGGAAUUGAUGUUAAUUUAUCAAUAAAUUCUGGGAUAGGGUCAAGUUUGCAAAGUACAACGAGUUCAGGUCGAAUUUCGGAAACUAAUUUCAUUAGCGAUACUUCGAAAUCUGGUCACACAGCCUCCGAUAUUACUUCUGGAUCAACAGGUAUUUCUUCGACAGAUUACAAAUACAACGAGGAAGGAUAUACGAUUCCUGUAUUCAUUCAACACGAAGAACCGGUAUAUCCUUCGAUCGAAACAACAGGAACUGGAGUGAAAAGUCACGUUGGAACCACUGGAACUAGCGGAGUUGAUUUAACAAGCGGCUAUGGAAAAACUGAUUUUGCGAGACCUAAUUUAAACAUCAGUAUUUUCGGUAAUGAGAUUCCUACCGGUUAUGCUCAGAAAAACACUACUAGUGCAAUCCAGACUGGGAGCAGUAUAGACGGAAGUAUUCUUACCAGUAAUUCUUUUUCAGGAGCGGUGUUUAGUCACGGAAAUGUUCCUGGAGCGGUAUCAACUCCUGCCAUUAAUCAGGGUACUAUUUUAACUGGAAAUGCUCAACCUGGUUACAUCGCUACCUCUUCCAUAACAUCAGGAUAUGUAACUAACAAUGGAGUGAAGAAUGUAAAUAUUGAAUCAGCCAGUCCAGGAACCUUAUUAUAUGGAACGCCGACUCCUGCAGUUUCAGUGAACGGUCCUUCGACAGCCGGUGUCAUUUUGAAAGGCGAUUCUACUCCGGGUGUCAUUAUUUCUGGACAAACUGCUCCUGGAAUCUCUAUAACAGGUUCCGUUCAACCAGGCUCAACCACCAAAUGGUAUGAGUCGCAAUCAACUUAUAGUAUUAGCGGGGGUCCUUCGAGUGGAUCGGUCACCUCAAUUUCGAGCAGUACCCCGAGCGAAGGCCUGAUACCAACAGGUCCUCAGAGUUACAGUAAAACUGACGGGCAUGGUACCACGUAUAACGUUGCUUGCAAGUAUUCAGAGAAAGACAUUCCAGAUUAUAGGCCAACCAGCUCUAUUCUUCCCGACUCAAUUAUACCUGGUGAUAGAAUAGAAGGUACCGGAAGUGGUAUCUAUCCCGGUUCUAUCUUUGAAGGAUCAACUACCGCCGUUCCAGGAUAUUCGCCGACUAAAUCGGUCGUAUUUACACCACGAGGAUUUACAAAGACUAGUCCGACUAGGACAGGUAUAACCACCGCCGUUCUUGGUGGUGGCGGCAGUUACUCGGUAAGUGCCGGCGAUCGUCGGCCUACUUAUAGUCCUGACAAUAUCAGCGAAAAGGCAUUUGAAGGGAACGUAGCUGGAUAUACCAAGACAUCAUCCAUUGGUGGUACCGUCGGUCUGUCCACCACUUUAACUCCACUUGGCUAUUCAUCGACGACCCCUUCAAAUCACAUCACCGUACAGUCAGCUUCUUCCGGCUAUUCCUAUCCCAAGCCAAACAUCCAAUUUGGAACUAGUGGCGCCAGAUUCCCUUCAACACAAAUUGCGCCGGAGGCAAAUAAUUUACCAGUCACAACGUCGCCAUCAUUCUCGAGCCGCUUCCCAAUUCCAACAGUUCCAUCUGUAAUUUAUACCACUGAACAUCCAGAAGUAUAUAAAACUACUCCUUUCGAAUCAUCUAAGAUCCCAGCAUCUGUAUCGCCCGUUAGACCUGUCAGUAGCAUUGAUUAUAAUACAAUAAUCUCUUCGACCACUAUUCCAGUAUCGGUAUUCACAGAUAAUCGAUUUACACAACAACCGACAAGCGGUUCGCAAACCGCAUCAGUACCCACCUCUAGUUUUGGUUUAGGUGUGCCUUUCCAACGGACCGAUUCGAGCGGUCAGACGGGCUAUAGCUCCUCGUUAGGAUAUCUUCCUGCAAAGUCGACUGAAUCUGAUGCGACCGCAUCCACCAGGAAGUACGACACAUCCACGAUAACCGCGCGACCAGAUUAUAUUGGAAUAACGUACAAAAAACCUUCAUCAACCUCUGAUGUUACAUAUGAAGGGCUACCUUCCUCGUUUCAAUCGCCUACCACGUUCAGGCCUUCCAGUAUAUAUUAUUCCAGCCAAGGAACCACUCCGUCUUCCCUAGGAACAAUCCCUAGUAGUGGCUCUCCAACAAACUUGGAUAUUUCAAGAGAUAAGAUCGACAAGUUAAUUACAAAUUAUAACAGAGGCACUGUUAAGUACACAUCAACUGAGUACGACAUCUAUGCGGGCUCAGGAUUCGGUUCAACUAAGAAAUUUACUUCAUCACUGUCACCCACAAAACCCUCGUUUUCUGUGAAAACCGACAGUGAUUUUGCCAUCACAACGCCAUUCGGUAGUCGCCCUACAACAUUUUCAUACGAAGUUACCACAAAGUCUCCCGAAGGCAAGGGUAAAGUCAUUAUUAAGUGGAGCGAUCUUCAUCCACUUCUUUUGGGUAAACUUGGUGCAGAGUGCACAUGCAAAGCCGAUCCCUUCGCCAAUAUUCGCGGUCCAGCAAGGAAAUUGAUUGAAUCUUCCAGAGGCAAAGUGGAUUUGGCUAACUAUGACGAUUCUGAGAUCUAUGUUGAUCUUGGAAACGAAUCUUCGGAAGAAGACUAUUCUUCUAAUUCUGACGAUUUUCCAGCACAACCUUUUAAGAUUAGUGUACCGAAGACGACCAAUCUGCCAUCAUCUUAUUUACCUGCAACAGAUACCAAAACAUCUACGAAAAGUGGUGAACCUAGUUUAAAUUAUCGAAUGGGUAAAAAGCUAAAAUACGACGAGGAAUACGAGGAAGAAUACGAAAGAGAAAAAGAAGAAUAUGACGAUCCCGAUCAAAUAAUAAAUGGCGUCACUGAUUGCGCCAGGCCAGGCCUGUUCAGACAUCCCGGACUUUGUAAUAAGUUCUACGCUUGCCACUGGGAUCAAUGGAAAAAGAAAUUUACGCUUCAUAUCUUUAAUUGUCCCAUUCACUUAACGUUCGAUUCAAACGCGGGCGCGUGCAACUGGCCAAGUAAGGGACCAGCUUGCCAAGCUGAUAAUUUAUUAGUGUAAAUUCGUCAUUAGACACUUACCGGUCGAUAUCUCAAUGUCUUCUCUGUACCCUUGGUGUUUCUUUAAAAAUUUUUUUUGUACAUAACGAAGAAAAGUCAAGGUCUAAUUGUACAUGCUAAAGUUAUUAUAUUUUUUUAGAUCACUUAGUUCGGAAGAUCAAUUUGCUAUUACAUACAAUGAAAUGUUGCAUGAGUGCAGUAGUAUAUCAUUAAAAAUUGAGCGAUUGGUACUUUCACGUGGAUUGGGUCUCCCGGCCUUGGGUUUCUUUUGGAGUUAUCUUGACACCCAGAUCCCUAAACGUUUGCAUUGAAUAGCGUCGAUAAAUAUCUUAUUAAAGUGAAGAAUCUUCUAGCAUAGAGAAUAGACUCUUGUUAAGAAGAUGGUAACUUGAUGUGAUGCAAGAAGAAGGCCAAAUCCAAGGCGAUCGAGAUCCUAUAAGAAAGCGUCGUCAAAGUGAAAGUAGUUCGUGUUCAUCGAUCCAAAUCGCGAAAAACCAACACUCAAUAUCAAUACAUAUUCUGAUAUUUCUA